AUGAGCUCCAUCAGCCUGCGGAGCCUUGCUCCCGCCUCUAAGGUCUCCCGUGUCUUGAGGGAUCAAAGACGUCUCUUCUCCUCCUCGCGCCCCGCUGCCCGGAUCUUUGCCAACGGACCUCUGCGCGCCCAGGAGAACACCAGCUACCUCGCCGAGAAGUACCCGAUCAUUGAUCACGAGUACGAUGCCGUCGUUGUCGGUGCCGGUGGUGCCGGUCUGCGCGCUGCCUUCGGUCUUGCCGAGGCUGGCUUCAAGACUGCCUGUGUCUCCAAGCUGUUCCCUACCAGAAGUCACACUGUCGCCGCCCAGGGUGGUAUCAACGCUGCUCUCGGAAACAUGCACGAGGAUGACUGGAGAUGGCACAUGUACGAUACCGUGAAGGGUUCGGAUUGGCUCGGUGACCAGGAUGCGAUUCACUACAUGACCCGCGAGGCUCCCGCCUCCGUCCGCGAGCUGGAGGGCUACGGUUGCCCCUUCUCCCGUACCGAGGAUGGCCGUAUCUACCAGCGUGCCUUCGGUGGUCAGUCCAAGGACUUCGGUAAGGGUGGCCAGGCCUACCGUUGCUGCGCUGCCGCUGACCGUACCGGUCACGCCCUGCUGCACACUCUCUACGGACAGUCUCUGCGCCACAACACCAACUACUUCAUCGAGUACUUCGCCCUCGAUCUCUUGAUGGAGGACGGCGAGUGCCGCGGUAUCAUCGCCUACAACCAGGAGGACGGUACCCUGCACCGCUUCAAGGCCCACCAGACCGUUCUGGCCACUGGUGGAUACGGACGUGCCUACUUCUCCUGCACCUCCGCCCACACUUGCACUGGUGACGGUAUGGCCAUGGCUGCCCGUGCUGGUCUGCCCAACCAGGAUCUGGAGUUCGUCCAGUUCCACCCUACUGGUAUCUACGGUGCUGGCUGCCUGAUCACUGAGGGUUCCCGUGGUGAGGGUGGUUACCUGCUCAACUCCGAGGGUGAGCGUUUCAUGGAGCGUUACGCUCCUACCGCCAAGGAUCUGGCUUCCCGUGACGUCGUGUCUCGUUCCAUGACCCUUGAGAUCCGCGAGGGUCGUGGUGUCGGUCCCGAGAAGGACCACAUCUACCUGCAGCUGAGCCAUUUGCCCGCCGAGCUGCUCCACGAGCGUCUGCCCGGUAUCUCUGAGACCGCCUCCAUUUUCGCUGGUGUCGAUGUCACCAAGCAGCCCAUCCCCGUUCUGCCCACCGUCCACUACAACAUGGGUGGUAUCCCCACCAAGUACACCGGUGAGGUUUUGACUGUUGAUGAGCAGGGUAAGGACAAGGUUGUCCCUGGUCUGUUCGCUUGCGGUGAAGCCGCCUCCGUCUCCGUCCACGGUGCCAACCGCCUGGGUGCCAACUCUCUGCUUGAUCUGAUCCCCCACAAGCCUCUGUCCUCCGACGCCGGUGCCCAGUCCAUCAAGGAUCUGGACUUUGUCCGCAACGCCGAUGGCCCCAAGUCCACCAACGAUAUCCGCCUGGCCAUGCAGAAGGCCAUGCAGAGCGAUGUCUCUGUCUUCCGUACCCAGGAGUCCCUGGAUGAUGGUGUCAAGCGUGUCAACGAGAUUGACACCUGGUACGACCAGGUCGGCACCAAGGACCGCUCCAUGAUCUGGAACACCGACCUUGUUGAGACCCUCGAGCUCCGUAACCUGCUGACUUGCGCUACCCAAACCGCCCUGGCCGCCUCCAACCGUAAGGAGUCCCGUGGUGCUCAUGCCCGUGAGGACUUCCCCGACCGUGAUGACGAGAACUGGAUGAAGCACACUCUCACAUGGCAGAAGAAGCCCCACGGUGAUGUCGAGCUCGGCUACCGUGCUGUUGAGUCUGGUACUCUGGAUGAGAACGAGUGCAAGUCCGUUCCUCCCUUCAAGCGUACCUACUAA